CUCGCUGCGUUCACAGCAGAUCUGCUGAAUGCCCAAAAAGAUAGUGGAUCGAUGGCGCUGCCUGUAGAGUUGACGGGAGAGUCGACGGAUUAUCUCAACCUGCUUGCUCCCAAAAGAAAGUAGAUUGAGCAUUGAGCAGCGAGAGCAGGUCGCUUGUUGAAGCGCGGACGACGCCCGGGAUUGGUUGACGCCCAGCUCUAGCUAAUUUCACACACCGCGCAGCAUUUGAAGGAACUCUACCUACUAAACCCAACUCAGGUGCAGACCAGCGCAUCAUUGAACUAGCAACAUGUCGCUUCUUCCUUUCUCUUUGUGAUCCAUAAGUCGAGCCUGACAGUGCGGGCCCUCUUGGCGAAGUUUUCUUGCCAGCCUCCCGAGGAUACGCAGUAUUUUCGACAUCCGGCUGUGGGAAGAGUCUCAACUUUCAUCUAAGAUAUCUGAUAUUGUACUCCCAGAGGUACUUUCAGUAACAACCCGUUCUGUAAACACAGACUUUGUAUUUCUUGCAUUGGAAACUUUUACAACGUGCACUCCGAUUCUCUAACGGCCGACAGUAUUUGGCCUCCAGGGGUAACUUGGUCAAGUGGAGAACCAUCCCUAUCCGAAUUCGAUUUCAGAUCCCCCAUUGGAAGGAUGCACUUAAAUACCUUGCUAGCUAACAAUUUCGGGCAUGAAGGUGAUCCGUAUCUUCUCCAUUCUCAGCUUUGAGGCAGUAAUACGACAGAUCCACUUUGUGUCAAAUUACCUACACCAGUGGAUUUAAUCAACGUUCAUUAGCAGUGGAGGUUGUGGAAUCUGAUGUAGAAUUGGCUGCUCGAGCUGUUUCCGCUCGAAGACUUGCGCAAAAAACUCUUGAGCAUGUCCCAGACGGUGUGGACAACUUGGAAGCGUUGACCCCUUGGAAGGAUGGUUAAGCUUAAUUGCCAUGAUGAUCCGGUUACCCGACCCGUCUAGCUAGCAACCUACUCGGUGUAGACUACUCCGUAAACAACACAAUGUAGUUGCACAAUCUCACAGCAAUUCCAAGCUCAAUAUCGAUGAUCUGUCAAACCAUCCUCAAGCACUAACCAUCUUACUCUUCUUAGUCCUCCUCUGUCUCCUAUGCUGAAGAUCAAGAUAUACAAUGGACAUUGCAUCGUCACCCGUAGCUUUCAUCCUCGAUUUCGAUGGUACAAUAACACAAAAAGACACAAUAUCCACUAUAGCCAAUUUCGCCAUUGCAUUUCACAAAGCUAGAGGGGAAGACUUCCAAGACAGCUGGGACAUAAACGCCGAUACAUACGCUGAGAGCUACGCCCGUUGUUUACAUGGCUACAAGACAGCGAGAGAGGACCGCAAAACCUUAGCCGAGGAAAUCGCAUACUUGCGAGCAACAAAAGGCAUCGAGGUGGGAAGUUUUACGGCUGUGAGCAAGUCUGGUAUUUUCCAGGGCAUUGGAGAAGAGCAGUGGCGGCAAGGUGGAAGAGACGCCAUCAAGACAGGUGAUGUGAAUGUCCGCAAAGGGUUUCGGGAUUUUAUUCAGCUGCUUUGUGAAUCUGGCGCGAUUUGGGGUGUGGUGUCCGUCAACUUCUCGAGCCAGUUCAUCCGUGGAGUUCUGGAAGCAAGUCUCGAAGCUGGCGCUGCUGAGCUUGAAGUGCUUGCAAAUGAUCCAGACGAGGAGGGAACUCUUCGAGGUCCAAGUCGCGGCCCGGUGAUGGCAACUUCGGAUGCGAAAUUGGCUGCAAUGAAUGAGCUUUUGCAAAGAUGGAAAUCGAGGAGCAAGGCAGGGGUUCCAAGGGUGGUGUACAUUGGCGACUCAGGAACAGAUAUCGAGUGCUUAACUGCGGAAGGAGUCAUAGGAAUUGUCAUUUCUAGACGCGCGGAACCAACUCCUGGUGAUUGGAUGGCUACUGUAAUGAUGGAUAUGCUCAAGCGUGUAGGUCUCGAGCCCGUGCAUGUUGGUAGUCAACAGGAAGGUAAGGGUUCUUCGUUGUACUGGGCACGGGAUUUUGGAGAGAUCAUCAGAAGUCCGUUACUCGGUUUGGAGACAGUGAAAGACUAGUGAAGCAUCAAUCACUUCCACUUUUCAGCAGCCCCACCCGAGAUCAAAGUUGAAUUUUAUACUCCAGGCAUGACACCCAAGACAUGGGACACAACUAUCACGCUUUCAGCACAGGACGGAUGG